AUGCCCACCAACAACACAGUUCUGACGUUCAACCGGCUAGAUCUGCCUCCUGACAUCCGUAUCGGCUAUGCUGUCGUCAAGGCCGCGCUGUCGCGGAAGCGGGAGGCGUUGGUGGCAGCCGAGCGCUGGCGCGCCGACCUGGCCGCACGCCAAGAGAGCAACAGGCACGACAUCGUGCGGCGCCUGGUGCAGGAGGAGCGGCGACCGUCGGCGGCCGGCGGAGACGGCGACGGCGACAACGGGCCCCACACCUCGCCGCUCGCCAUCUCGGCCGACGCGCGAGACCGACUUCAGCGGCUGCUGGAGAGCGAGGCUGGCCAGGCGGACGCGUCCGAUGGCUCGGACUCGGUCUCGCUGACCGAGAUGGCGCGCGACUGGGCGCAGCGGCGGCCCCGCAUGCCCGUGGAGCGGCCGUGCGUCACGUCCCGUCCCUGCCCCUUCAGCUGGAAACCGGACGUCAUCGAGUUCAAGGAUUUCCAAGUGGGCUGGACGUAUCAUCGGCGCGUGUCGAUCGUGAACCUGUCGGCCACGCGCUGCAGCUGCCGCUACAUCGGUCUUUUCGAGGUCAACUACUACCAGCUGAACCACCCGAUGGUCGAGAUGCUGCGCGUGCGCUUCUCACCGCCCGGCUUCCUGGGCACAGGCCUGGCGGCGCGGCUCGAGCUGGAGUUCACCCCGCGGCUGCUUUCGGACGGCUCCUGUCUCGUCCGUUUCCAGGCGCCCAAUGGCGAGUUCCACGUACCCGUGCGCUUUGUGGCACAGCGCUGCGAGCCGCGUCUGGAGCGCGCCUCGCUGGAGUUCGGGGAGCUCGUGCUGGGCGCGCGGGUGCGUCGCAGCGUGACCCUGCGCAACUCCGGCAGCAAGGGCUGCCGCUUCACCAUCCGCGCUGUGGGCGGCUCUGCGGCCUCCUCCACGCCGUUGGGUGAUCGAGAAGGCGGCGAGGCGUCGACGUCCGCCCUCGGUGGUGAGGAGUCGUCCUCCUCUGGAAGUCAGGAGCCGGAGCCGACGCCCUCUGUCGGUGUCCAGAAGCCGAUGCCGGUGCCCUCCGGCGGAGAUCGGGUGCCUUCUCAUGGUGACGAGAAGCCGGCUUUGGGACCCUCUCCCAGCGGCGAGGAGACGGCGCCAGCUGAUCCGUCUCCCGGGGAUCAGGAGCCGGCGCCCACACCUCACUGCGACGAUGAGCCGGCGUCGACGCCCUCUCCCAGCGGCGUCACGUCACAGGAGGCGGCGUCGCAGUCCGCGACGGGCCAGUCGAACGACAACGGCAGUGAUGCCGACCGUGCCUCCGAGCGCGGCGUCGACUCGGGCGGCGGCGACUCGGACUCGCGUGGCUCGCAGUCGGUGCUGCAGUCGGCAGCGGCCGUGGUCGGGUCCAUCCUGCAGCAGCUGUUCGACCGGCUGCCGAUCAUCGACUUCGACGGCGGCCUGGGCAUCUGCGGCAGCGGCGAGGGCGAGCUGCCCGCCGGCGGCCGCGCCCGCCUUCACCUCGGCUGCGUGGCCGACCUGGAGGGCACCUGGCGCCAGCAGUUCGUCGUCGAGUUUGAUGACCCCACGUGUGAACCGAUCCCUCUGGCGGCCUCCUACUCGGGCCACGUGUUCCCCAUCACGGUGCGGAACCCGCACAUCACGCUGGACAUCUGCCUGUGCGGGCUCACCUACUGGGACAACUUCGAGAUCAUCAACACCGGCAAGGUGGCCAGCCGGGUGCAGACUCUCGUGCCGGAGGAUAUCAAGCCGUUUGUGGAGAUCCAGGGCGCCACCGCUCUCGUGCAGGCGGACAGCGCAUUCAAAGUGAAGAUAUACUUCAAGCCCAAGCGGUCGCUCCUGACCCCACCGCACCGCUUCUUCGACCCGGCCACGCACGUGCUGGACUUCCCGGUAGCGUUCCACGUGGAAGGCCGCUCGAUCCGCGGCUCUGUCCAGGCGGCUGUGUCCAGCGACCGGGUGUGGGUGCACCCGGAGCGUCUGGAGCUGGGCCGCGUCACGCUGCUUGAGUCGGUGCGCCGGCGCGUGCAGCUCACCAACGGCGGUCUGGCGGCGCAGCUCUGCCAGUUCACCGGACUACCGGACAGCCGCCGUGUGGAGGUCCGCCUGACGCCGCAGCUGGAGCGCUCAGAGCUAGCUGUGACGGCGGCGCUUCUGCAGUACGAGCGGCUGGAGCUGGAGCAGACCCGCCGUCUGGAGGAGGAGGCCCAGCUGGCAAAGAAUAAGAGAAAGGCCAGGGCCCGAAAAAAGUCGAUGUCUCCCAAGCGACAAACCAUCCUUUGUCCGGAGCCGUCGACCGUGAAAACGGGUAGCGCCAUCUACCAGGAGGCCGAGCAGCUUCAACAGAGGAACUACGAGCCCGUGACUCGUCGUUAUGUGAUCCCGUGCUGUGUCCGUCACGGUGACCUGGAACAGAAAGGGUCAGGAGCGCCGGAAGUGCUGUACCUGGAGGUGGUCUGCAGCACGGCCGCGCCGCAGCUGCUGGCCGUGUCGCCGCGCUGUCUGGAGUUCGGUGCGCGCGUGUUGGGCGCGCCCGCCUACCUGCCGCUGGAGCUGGAGAACACGGCUGCCGAGCCAGUCCGCGUGCGUGCCGACGCGCUCGACCCGCACGGCCCGUUCCGACUGGUGGACCCGCUGGGCGAGGUGGCGCCCGGUCAGCGCCGCGCCGUCCGCGUCAGCUACUGCCCUGUUCGACUGAAUCAGGAGCUGGAGUUUUGGAGCCUGCACGGCGGGAACACCACGCUGCGAUACGGGCUGAGCGGUCGGGGGGUGAAGGCUGAGUUCUCCUUCGUCCCAGAAGAUGGCGUUCUCACGCUGGGCAAAGCGAAGCUCGGUGGAUCAGUCAAAAAACAAAUUGUGGUAUGUCCGUUGACGGCGGCGUCUGUGCUUUGUCUCUCGUGCUAA